UAGGAACCUACCGGCAUCGAUCCAGGAGAAUCUCAUCUUGAACCGUCAACUCACUAGAAUCCUGACUAUCAGUAUCUUGUCUUGUCAUCAAGAGGACACCUCUUCCUUGCAUAUACACGCCAUCUCGUCACGCGAUUGGGCAUCUCUGCUCAUUGUUGUCUUCGGAAGAUCAUCGGCCCGGUCGGCGUGUCACUCCGCAUUGCUGUAGUUUCACAUUAACUGGCUUCAUUUACUUGUCCCUCUCUGGAUAGUCGUGGUGUUGCCGGUCCGGUCUUGGAUGGGGGUGUUGCGCUGAUUCUUGCUCCAUUGAAGCGGAUUAUUCCCAAAUCUCAACCAUGGACGCUUUCGCUCUUACCGAAGGCAUUGUCCCUGACAAUAGCCAGGAUGGUCACCACUCCGAGCCCGCCGCCGGCAAGUUACCGGAAGGAGCCAACAAGUUCCAGCGUGCCAUUGCGGCCUGGCGAGGUAUCGAUCUCGCCAGUACGGUCGCAAAGCUAGACAGUACCGCAUCUGACAUCGUCGCUCAGCAGCGCGAUGCACUCGUCCAGCGCAAAGAUCUCGCCCAGAAGACCAAGGACUUCAGGAAGCUAGAUGACUCUUCGAAGCUUGCCGAGUACAAGGGUCUUCUGAAAGCUUACCAGGGGUUCAUCGAUCUUCUCACGAACCAGGGCAAGGCCUCCUCGUCCGCCUUCCUACAGCUCUAUUCAUCAUUGUCCGAAGCGCCUGAUCCCUACCCUCUCCUUGAAGCAUCCAUCGAUUCCCUCGUCCAUUCCGAAGAAACCGUCCCCAAACUGACCUCGGAACGUGAUCGCCUGCAAGGCUCCGUCGACCGUCUCACCUCUCAGCUGGAGGAUACGGAGAAGCGCCUUCAAGAAGAACGGGCGGCCAGGAAGAAGCUAGAGGAGAACCAGGAAUCUAAAAUCAAGGAGGUUGAGGAGUCGUGGUCGGCGGUGCUGUCGGAGAAGACGAACAAUUGGACGGCCAAGGAGAAGAGUCUGGAGGAGAAGGUGGAGAAUCAGGAGCGCUUGGUGAAGGAGCUCAAGGCAAGCUAUGAGGUGUCACAACGCUUGGGCCAGGAGGAAGAGGGCGGCGAGAGCACCCACGGAGCUAGCGCUGCGGAACUCGAAUUGGUUUCGACUGAGUUGGAGAAGACGGGCCUGAGGCUGGCGGAAGUCGAGGCGAGAAAUGAGCAACUCAGGCUCGAGCUGGCUCAAGCCGUCUCCCACUCGCAAUCGGGCCACGCGGCGUCCGUCGAGGAUGACCCUGAUUACCUGCGUCUUCAGUCGGAGAACUCGUCCCUUUUGCGCAAACUUGAAGCUGCACGAUUUGACAAGGAGUCUGAGCGACACACCUGGGAGUCCAAGUACUCUCAGGCUGAGAGGCAGAUCACAAGUGUUACGGCUGAGAAAGAGGAAUUGCGCUCAAAGUUGGAGAAGGUCGCUGACUAUGAAGACAUCCGUCGGGAACUGGAGAUGAUCAAGUCUAUUGAGUUCUCGCCUGGUGAUGACGACGAUGCUGCCGAUCUUACAGACGCUGCGAACGCCAACGGCGCGGCUACCAAGUCCCAGGAUGGGUCAAAGAACAAAAAUAGCUUGGAGCAGCUCUUGCUCGCCAGGAAUAAGAAGCUGACAGACGAGCUCACCAUUCUACGAGUAUCCCAUCGCGACCUUCAGGGUCAGCUAGAGACUCUCCGCGAGGAUCUCUCCACCACGAAAGAGGAGUUGGAGAAGUCGCAGAAGCUCUCUACCACAUUGGAGAAUGAUCUUCUCCGUGUACAGGAGGAGGCUGCAAACACAUUCCCGUCCUCGGCGAUGUCUGUUGCUGGUACCUACACCUCCAAGUACCCACACUCGUCCCGCAAGGGCGCAGUGUCGCCCACCUCGUCCAUCAUCUCGGGCUUUGACCAGUCCAUGGCUUCAGCCAACACGAUGGACUCCAUCCGUGCGGGAGAGCCAGUUGGGGGCGGCUCCGGUCUUUUGCCUAUGAUCCAAGCCCAGCGUGAUCGUUUCAAGAAGAAGAACGCUGAACUGGAGGAAGAGCUGUCGAAGCUGUACGGCACAGUGAAGUCCUUGAGGCAAGAGGUGGCUUCUCUGCAAAAAGACAACCUCAGCCUGUAUGAGAAGACACGCUAUGUCUCAACAUACAACCGUGGCCCAGGCGCAUCAUCGUCCGCCUCUGCUUACGCAAGCAGGCCCAAUGCCUCGUCCAUCCACCCAUCGGCGGACACGCCGUCAGGGCUCUCCCUCGAUCGGUACCAAUCCGCGUAUGAGGCUCAGAUCUCACCAUUUGCUGCCUUCCGGGGCCGUGAGUCUACGCGUGCAUACAAGCGCAUGAGCCUACCGGAGAGAAUCGUAUUCUCCCUUACCCGGAUCAUUCUCGCUAACCGCACGAGCCGGAAUCUUUUCGCGGGCUACUGCUUUGCUCUACACAUCUUGAUCUUCGUCAUGCUGUAUAUGAUGAGUACCAUGGAGAUCGAGAAGCAUAGCAGCGCAAGCCUUGGUGCGGCCGCUGCGGCUGCGAUGGCCGGCGGGGGCAGCGGUAGCGGCGGCUACGUGGGCCAGCAGCUCCAUGGAGACGAUUGGCAGCAAGAAGGCUUCAACCACGCGGGUUGAUCUUAUGACUAUCAUUGUAUUCUAGCCCGUUGGGAGCGACGAAUCAUUCGAGGGCGUUUGUUGGUUGGCGGUUACGAUCUGUGCUGAUAUUUUUCUAUGUGAAUAUCCUAUGUUCUAUAAUGCAAAUACUUCUAUAUGAUACUCGG